UAUAGGAGUUGAUGCUGGCAACCAAGGACUAGGAGGCAUUGUUCAGGAUUUAGGACUCCAGGAUUUAGGUGGAUUAAAUGCCUUUGGCUUAGAAGGGAAUUCUGGAAUCGGAAUUGAUGGUGGAGAGGGGAUUAGGACUAGGAAAUGACAUAGGAAUCGCAGGACUAGGUCUUGAUUUCGGUUUUGGUGGUACAGGAAAUUCAGGUGUAGGGAUUGAUAGUUUAGGACAGUUUGGUUCCAGUUUUGGGACUGGUGUGGAUCUAGGGCACGGUGCUACGGGUGUUGGCGUAAAUGAUCUUGGUGCAGGCACGACCAAACUGGGUAGCGGUGUAGGUGUUCUAGAUAACGGAUUUGGAGGCCCUGGUAUCGGUCUUGGACCUGAUCUAGGUAUGGGAGGACCUGGCGUCGGAAUCGGACAAGAUCAUGGUAAAGGCGGGUCGGGUAUCGGCAUUGGACAAGACUCUGGUCAUGGAUGGCCAGGCGUCGGUAUUGGUCAUGACAUCGGCCUAGGAGGGCCGGGUGUCGGUAUUGGUCAUGACUCCGGUCAUGGAGGGUCGGGCGUCGGUAUUGGGCCAGAUCACGGUAGUGGAGGAAAGGCCGGCGUCGGCAUUGGAUCCGAUCUUGGUUUCGGAGGAGGACCUGGUGUCGGUGUUGGACCCGAUCAAGGUUUCGGCGGAGGACCUGGCGUCGGCAUUGGGUCCGAUCUUGGACUUGGCGGAGGACCUGGUGUUGGUGUUGGAUCCGAUCUAGGUUUCGGAGGAGGACCUGGUGUCGGUGUUGGAGCCGAUCUAGGUUUCGGAGGAGGACCUGGUGUUGGUGUUGGAGCCGAUCUAGGUUUCGGAGGAGGACCUGGUGUUGGUGUUGGAGCCGAUCUAGGUUUCGGAGGAGGACCUGGUGUCGGCAUUGGAUCCGAUAUUGGACUUGGCGGUGGACCUGGUGUCGGUAUCGGGCCCGUUCAUGGUUUUGGUGGUGGACCUGGUGUCGGCGUUGAUAGUGGGCAUGGAAGUGGUCUUAGGUCCAAUGCUGGCAUUGCUGUUAAUCAAGGUUUUGGAAAGUCUGGUUCGGUUGGUAAUUCUGGUGUAGCGGUAGCUUCAAAUAAUUUCCAAGGAAAUUCUGGAGGAUUAGAUUUGAACGGCAUUAUUCCGAAUUUGAAUCUUAAUCUUAAUGGUAUCGGUGCUGACGCUGGAUCUCAAGGAGGUCAAACUGACCCUUUAGUAUUCCAAGACCCUACAUUACCUCCUGGAGGUUCGAAUAAUAUUGCAGUCUCAGAAACAGGGAUGAAUAACUUCGGGUUGUUUCCAGACAUGGGCUCACCAGGCUUCGGUUUGGACAUGAAUCCUGGUAUUGAUUUCGGACAGGCUUCUUCGAAUGGUCCCCUUAAUUUCCCUCUGUAGAUCGUAAUAGUAAACUAUAACUUUUUAAUGAAACUACCUAAGGAGGAGAACAUGUAUUUCUGUACCCAGACCGAUAAAUCUUUUACAGAAAUAUUGGUUUUGAAAUGCGUUGUUAUCUGGGUGAUGUUCAUUGAAGGUUUGACAUAACCUGUAUUGGAGAAAGCUGACUAUUUAUUUGGGUUGGGGUUCUUCUCUAGAAAGACCAUUAUUGCUGGCAUAUCAAAAAUAUUUGACUAACAAACGGACCAGAAACCACACAAAUUAAACAGAUGAAAACAAGAUAUAUAUUAGAAAUUAGAAAUCAGAGUAACAUCCUAAUGAAAAAGUCGACCGUGCAUGUUCUGAAGUACCAGGCAUGUGGUAAAGUCACCAAAACACACAUGUUAUCAGUUAUCAAUGUCAGGCCAUGGACUUUUAUGAAUUAACCUGUUCAGGACACGACACUUUGUAAAUGAUGUAUAUACCAUGAGUUUCUACUGAGUGGUACUGGCCCCGGUAAUGCUAUUCAAGCAACAACUAGCCUGAUCACGGUGUUAGGUAGUUUUUGUCACUGUCACACAUUUAUCGUCACAUUUUGUGACAAAUACAUACAUAAACGAAUUGUUUGUUGGUAUGAAAGUAUUCAUGAAGGACUCCUGACGUGUUCUGUGUAUGUUUAGAUACCUUCGCCUCUCGUAUAGAAAAUAAAUCAUUAACAAAGCCGGGUUUAAUUGCUCUUUAGGGCUAUAUAUAAAAUAAAAAAUGAUUGGUGACUUAUUUUGUAUUUAGGUAUUUCGUUUGUUGUAUGUUUUGUUAAAAAUGUUGUCGGAUAUUUUUAUCAUUCAUACAUGUAUGGGAGCAAAAAUUAAUUUACGAUAUCACGCAUAUAUCAUAUCUAAAUCAUGUUUGCAAUAACGUCCGAAAUAUUUCUCUUGUCACAUUAUUGCACAUAAAGGUAUUUCUCUAACGUUCCUUGAAAUGGAAAACAAAUAUUUCGUCUUUUGAUAAAGGUUGUUUUUGUUGAUUUUAUGUUUUUUAUUAUUAGUUGGAAGUAAAAUGGAUUUUAUGCUAAAUGAUAACGCUAUAUAUCUUUCUCUGUGCCGUAAUUUCUAUUUCUGAAAAGUACAAUCUUUUUCAUAUUUCAUUUGUUAGUUUGUACAUAUUUAACAGUCCCUUUUGCUAAUGAUGCAGUAAGAAAGUAUUGUUGCCAAUGACAACUAGUCUCCUUGUCUGAUGUUUAUCAGAUAUUUAAGGCUAGACAUUAGAUAUAUUUUAAAAGGUUCAAGUUUUUCGAUUUGUAAAUUUUGCUCAAAUUGACUUCCUUCGACUAGUGUUAUAUAAUUGAUGAUAUAAAUGUGGCCAAAUAAUGUUUAAAAUCAUGAGCGACAUUCAUCAAAAUAAAACCAUUAAACUAUA